UACUCGAUCUUUCACGAGUCUCUCUCUCAUUCUUUUUGUUGUUCCGUUAGCAGCUCCUCUUAAUUUCUUUAAAUAAUCAGUCUAUUUUCUGUUUGGCUCCCGGGAAAAAAACUUUCGCCGUUUCUAUCUUUCAAAGUUUUCUCUGAAGGUGUUUGUUGCACACACGUAUAUAAUAUAUACGUACACAUAUUGUAUACACACACCAAGACCCGGUGGAGGGCUGAGAGAGAGGUUUUGGAGAGGGAGAGAAUGGAGGGGAGGAAGCAAGCGACGUCGUAUUCUUCUUCGCCUUCCUUGACUUCUGAGCUUUUCGGGUCCAAAGAGUCGUCGUCUUCCUCCGGGAUUUUCGGGUCUAUAUUUGCGCCUUCGUCCAAGGUGUUAGGCAGGGAGGCUCGGCACUAUGAGGUGACUGGAAGAAGGCAAGAUUCAAAGAAUGAGUCAUGGCAGGCAAAACCAGGAACAGAUGAUCCCUUUAAAAGCAAUGACAGCGAAAGUCAGAGCAUGCCAAAUAGAGACAUGAGUUCCAUUUAUCAGGAACAAAGAGUACAACCGUGUCAUCUCAGUUCAUCAAUCUAUUAUGGUGGCCAAGAAACAUAUUCUCAUCCCCAGAAUACCCAGAGCUCUGUGUAUAAGAAAGAUGGGGGAGAAGAUGAUUCAGGGAGUGCUUCAAGGGGGAACUGGUGGCAAGGGUCUCUCUAUUAUUAAGAGCUCACUUGCGCAGAUAGUCACCAAGGUAUAUAGAACAUAGGGUAGCAGCCAGCUUGAAUCUACCUUUUGUUAUAUGGAAGAUAGAUGAUAGAAGUCAGAUGUUUGUGACAGCUAGCUGUUUGUUGCUUCCACCAGCUAAACAACAAAAUCUUUACUUUGAACCUAUCGCUAGAUGCAACUUAUUCUAUUUUUACUGUAAAAGAUUCUGAACUCUUGGUCUUUCUACUGUAAAGGAUAUUUGGUCUAUGGAGACUUAUUCAUUUCCUGUCAGCUACUUUAAUGUAGUUGAAGCUUCUAGUAUAUGUAGUCACUUUUGUUAUCCUUAUUGUAUGGUUGAACUUCUUUCUGGCUUUA